ACCCCGGGUCACGAGGCCGUUGGGGGAGGAGCCACUGCCUGGGGCGGUUCUAGUCUGUUUGGCCUCGCGGCAGCCGCCCCCUUCUACGCUGUCUAGCAGAGCCUGCGCCCGAGCUUGGAUUCGGGCGGUAUCCUCCUCAGCAGCCGCUGACCAUAGUCUGCCCACUAUGGAUCCCCGCAAAGUAAACGAGCUUCGGGCUUUCGUGAAAAUGUGUAAGCAAGAUCCGAGCGUCCUGCACACAGAGGAGAUGCGCUUCCUGAGGGAGUGGGUGGAGAGCAUGGGGGGUAAAGUACCACCUGCUACUCAUAAAGCUAAAUCAGAAGAAGAAAAUAUCAAGGAAGAUAAAACAGAUGGUAAGAAGACAGAGGAAAACAUAAAAACAGACGAGCCAUCAAGUGAGGAAAGUGAUCUAGAAAUCGACAAUGAAGGCGUAAUUGAACCAGACACUGAUACCCCUCAAGAAAUGGGAGAUGAAAAUGUAGAGAUAACUGAAGAGAUGAUGGAUCAAGCAAAUGAAAAGAAAGGGGCUGCCAUUGAUGCUCUAAAUGAUGGUGAACUACAGAAAGCCAUUGACUUGUUCACAGAUGCCAUUAAGCUGAAUCCUCGCCUGGCCAUUCUGUAUGCCAAGAGAGCCAGUGUCUUCAUCAAAUUGCAGAAGCCAAAUGCUGCCAUUCGAGAUUGUGACAGAGCCAUUGAAAUAAAUCCCGAUUCAGCCCAGCCGUACAAGUGGCGAGGGAAAGCACACAGACUUCUGGGCCAUUGGGAAGAAGCAGCCCAUGAUCUUGCCCUUGCCUGUAAACUGGAUUAUGAUGAAGAUGCGAGUGCAAUGCUGAAAGAAGUUCAGCCAAGGGCCCAGAAAAUUGCUGAACAUCGGAGAAAGUAUGAACGAAAACGUGAAGAACGAGAAAUCAAAGAAAGAAUAGAAAGGGUUAAGAAGGCUCGAGAAGAGCAUGAAAGAGCCCAGAGGGAGGAAGAAGCCAGACGACAGUCAGGAGCUCAGUAUGGAUCUUUUCCAGGAGGCUUUCCUGGGGGAACGCCUGGUAAUUUUCCAGGAGGGAUGCCUGGAAUGGGAGCAGGCAUGGCAGGAAUGCCUGGGCUCAAUGAGAUUCUUAGUGAUCCAGAGGUUCUUGCAGCCAUGCAGGAUCCAGAAGUUAUGGUGGCCUUCCAGGAUGUGGCCCAGAAUCCUGCAAAUAUGUCAAAAUAUCAGAGUAAUCCAAAGGUUAUGAAUCUCAUCAGUAAAUUAUCAGCCAAAUUUGGAGGUCAAGCGUAAUGAUCAUCUGACAGAGUCCUUUCUGAAAGAAAAACAACCUAGAUCACUUAAUGGAUGUGGCAA